UCCCACUUCUCCUCUCAGCCCGCUGUCCCAGCCCGCUGUCCGGCCGUGGCCCCGUGAUGACUCUGGAGGAGCUGCCCGGGGAGCGCCGCGCCGCCGGGAGGAUGGAGCAGGCGGGCGACGCGCUCGAGGAGGUGCUGAGCAAGGCGCUGAGCCAGCGGAGCCUCACCCUCGGCGUCUACGAGGCGGCCAAGCUGCUCAACGUGGACCCCGAUAACGUGGUGCUGUGCCUGCUGGCGGCCGAGGAGGAGGAGGCGGGGGACGCGGCGCUGCAGAUCCACUUCACGCUGCUGCGGGCCUUCUGCUGCGAGAACGACAUCAACAUCCUGCGCGUCAGCAACCCGGCUCGCCUGGCGCAGCUGCUGCUGCCGGCCGCGGGUCCCGAGCCGCCCGCGGACCUGCACUGCGUGCUCGUCACGAACCCGCAGGCGUCGCAGUGGAAGGAUCCAGCGCUGAGCCAGCUGAUGUGUUUUUGCCGGGAGAGCCGGUACCUGGACCAGUGGGUGCCGGUGAUCAACCUCCCGGAGCGGUGACCCCCAGCCCGGCCCCGCUGCCAGGCUUUGCCAGUUGCUCAGGAAGGAACUCCCUGCCCCGGCUCCAGGAUUCCCCCGGGGGAGGGAGGAAAAAUAAAACACAAUAACAACUUUAAAAAAAAAAAAAA